CUAUAAACUUAAAGUUUGUUCCUUAUAGAUAAACUCAUACUUUUCAUCGUCCCUCUCUCUCUCGCCAACGUUUAAUCAGAAACCAGCUGUUUAAUUAUACAACUUUCAUUUUAAGUGCAGAAAGUAUAAUACAGUGCACUUACGAAGAACAGAAUUGAUGCUUCACGAGUUUUGUUGUGCGGCACAUAACCUCAAAAUGUUUGCCGCUUAGUGCGCUUUUUCGAGGAAGUUGCAUAGUAUAUAUAAUAUAAGGGGAAUCUAUCGUUUCGGCGAGAUGUCGUCGAAGAGAAAGAGCGACGCGCAAGUGCCGGCCGAGGAGAGCGAUCUGCUCUCGAUCCGGCCGCUCGGCGCGGGCCAGGAGGUCGGCAGGUCGUGUAUCAUGUUAGAAUUCAAAGGUAAGAAAAUUAUGCUGGACUGCGGCAUACAUCCCGGUCUCUCUGGCAUGGACGCCCUGCCGUUCGUCGACCUCGUCGAGGCCGACGAGAUCGACCUCCUGCUGAUCUCCCACUUUCACCUGGACCACUGCGGCGCGCUGCCCUGGUUUCUGCUAAAGACGAGCUUCAAAGGUCGUUGCUUCAUGACGCACGCCACCAAGGCCAUUUAUCGCUGGCUACUGUCGGACUACAUCAAGGUGAGCAACAUCGCCACCGAGCAGAUGCUGUACACGGAGUCCGAUCUGGAGGCCAGCAUGGACAAGAUAGAGACGAUCAACUUCCACGAGGAGAAGGACGUGUUCGGGAUCAAGUUCUGGGCGUACAACGCCGGCCACGUGCUGGGCGCUGCUAUGUUCAUGAUAGAGAUUGCCGGCGUGAAGAUCCUGUACACGGGGGACUUCAGCCGGCAGGAGGACCGGCACCUGAUGGCCGCCGAGAUACCGAACAUUCAUCCCGACGUGCUGAUCACGGAGUCCACCUACGGCACGCACAUCCACGAGAAGCGGGAGGAUCGCGAGGGCAGAUUUACGAAUCUCGUGCACGAGAUCGUCAACAGGGGCGGCAGAUGCCUGAUACCCGUGUUCGCUCUGGGAAGGGCGCAGGAGCUCCUCCUCAUUCUGGACGAGUACUGGAGCCAGCAUUCGGAACUGCACGAGAUACCGAUCUACUACGCCUCCUCCUUGGCGAAAAAGUGCAUGGCCGUUUAUCAGACAUACGUGAACGCCAUGAACGACAAGAUCAGACGGCAGAUAGCUAUCAAUAAUCCUUUCGUGUUCAAGCACAUUUCUAAUUUGAAGGGGAUAGAUCACUUCGAGGAUAUCGGACCGUGCGUGGUGAUGGCCUCGCCCGGUAUGAUGCAGAGCGGCUUGUCGAGGGAGCUGUUCGAGUCCUGGUGCACAGAUGCGAAAAACGGGGUGAUCAUAGCCGGCUACUGUGUGGAGGGAACGCUGGCGAAGACGAUUCUGUCGGAGCCGGAGGAGAUUACGACUAUGUCCGGGCAAAAGUUGCCGUUGAAGAUGUCCGUCGACUACAUAUCGUUCUCGGCUCACACCGACUACCAGCAAACCUCGGAGUUUAUACGGACUUUGAAGCCGCCGCACGUGGUGCUGGUGCACGGCGAGCAGAACGAGAUGGGCAGGUUGAAAGCGGCGUUGCAACGGGAGUACGAGGACGAUCCCAACACCACCAUGGAGAUACACAAUCCGCGAAACACGGUCGCGGUGGAGCUCUACUUCAGGGGCGAGAAGACCGCCAAGGUGAUGGGCACGCUGGCGAUGGAGGCUCCUAGACCGGGGCAGAAGUUAUCCGGCGUGUUGGUCAAGAGAAACUUCAAUUAUCACAUGCUAGCCCCGUGCGACCUGUCCAAGUACACGGACAUGAGUAUGAGCCAAGUUAUACAGCGGCAGAGCGUGUACUUCUCCGCGUCUUUGCCAGUGUUGAAGCACCUUCUGACGCAGAUAGCCGGCAGCCUGGAGGUCGUGGACGACAAGAAGCUGAGGGUAUUCAAGAACGUCGACGUCACGAUCGACGGCAAGAUCGUCACGAUGGAGUGGAUAGCGACGCCGGUGAACGACAUGUACGCGGAUUCCGUUCUCACGGCGAUCCUGCAGGCCGAGAUAAUGGACCAGUCGCCGAAGGUGUUGCCCGCGCCCACCAAGAUGGACAGGAUGCACUUUAAAGAGUGCCUCAUAGAGAUGCUGCAGGAGAUGUUCGGCGAGGAUUCCGUGCCCAAGAUAUUCAAAGGAGAGAAACUCUAUGUCACGGUAGACGGUAAGAAAGCGCAUAUAGACCUGCUGAACUUGGAGGUGACCAGCAAGGAGGACGAAACUUUUCAGCAAAUAGUGCAAACAGCGGUGACGAAAUUGCAUCAGUCGUUGGCGCCGCCUUGCGAUGUAAUAUAGCGCAAAUAGAUAUUCAGUCCCGAAUAAAUAUCAUUUUAUACUGUUAAUAAUUUAUUUAUUCUUUGUAAACAAUUGGCACUGCCUUGUAUCUUCGUACAUCAUAAUUUUAAUGCAUCUUAA